CUGCAACUGCGCCCCGACUACCUCACCAUUUGCCCGGUGAGAGGGUCAGGGAACACGUCCCAUGGCCGAAGUCAACCAGCCCACACGACCAGAUCCGGGUCCUUAUGACACACUGAAGAUGUCGUGAUGCAAGUCACAUACACACCGCCGACCUUCCCUGUCUUCACCGGCUUGGACAACCCUCAACCGAAGGCGCCUUCCGAAGACGAGUACAUCCGCGCCGCGCGCAAGCCCACGGCGGCCGAGUACGACGCGUCACAAGCCUUCGAGAUCUUCCUCACCAGGGAGCUCGCGAACCCGCACUCCCGCGCCAAGAAGCAAGCGCGCUGGCAGGCUUACCAGCUUUACAGGCGCUCGCUUCUGCAAAAGGUCGUCAAGGAGGAGCUGCAGAGCCUCGACGGGCGGACGCGCCGCGAGGCACGCGCGGAGGCGACGUGGAAGUGGCGGCGCGCAUUGUCGGACGAGCGUAGGGCGGACCUCAAGCGCAGGUGGAAGAACCGCGGUGCGGAGGCGCGCAUGGUCCGCAGGAAGACGAGGAAGGGGCGCAAGGAGGAGAAGCGCAAGGAGCGCCUGCGCAACCUCGUCCUGGAGGAUGGCCCGAACCAGGUUAUCCCCAAUCCUGGCUCCGAAGGUGCGAAGAGCCGCGCAUGAUGGCGGGCUCGUCGCGUAUCAUCCAAAAAUACCGCUCUGUGUCCUCUACUUACACUACGCUAAUCUACUGCUUCCUGUUUGAGCAAGUGGGCCGCACCGUCGUGUCCGUCGCUGGCGACCACACCGGU